UUUGGCCCAUCUAGCAACUUACCCAGGUCAGUCCAUCUCUCCCUCCUUCAACCUGUAGCAGGGGCAUCGUGGAGCACAUCCACGGAUGCCAUGGCGUCGUGGCGCACACCCGCGCCCCCCUCGCCCUACUUAACAUCGCCAGCCUCCCUCCCUCGAUCCCCUCCUAGCCCUAGCACCAACCACUCCCUCCCUCACUCCCUGUCACUCUCUCCCAAACGCCUCUGGCGCCGCGGCACCGUCGAUCCCGCGGCCUCCAUCCACCCCGCGCCUCACGGAGAUGUCCCGGAGGACCACCGUCGUCGUCCACGUCGGCUCCGCCCUUCGGCUCAAGCCGAGGCCCUCUCCAUCAACGGGAUCGAACCCUCCUUCAACCUCUGCCGCCGGUCGUCUUCGUCGGAACCGCCACUCAAGCACCGCCCCGUCCACCCCGAGCGCGCCCCGACCUCUCCGGCGCCUGAGAAUACAUCCAGGGGCUCCAUCGUCGUCGUCUUCUUCAACCUCGACAAAGGGGUCGAGCUAGGAGGCCCCGUUCGCCCGCUAACGCCGUCGUCUUCCUCGCAUACACCGUCGUCCGUCGCCAGAUGCCGCUGCUCCCGGCCAUCCCCGACCUCCUCGAGCUCGCCCACGGCCUCAACAUGCUGGAGCCCAGAAGCUUGAUGCCACCUUGACGACGACUCCUACUACACUGGAGGUGCC